CUUGAGCAGCAGAAUAGCUAUAAAGGAGAAGAAGAGACAGAUGAUGUACUGGACUUAGGAGUCACGGAUGCGCUCGACGACUUAGACGGUGAAGACGAAAAUAUAGAGUUUAGUAGAUCCAAUACUGAUAAGGGUAGCGAUAACAAUUUCUAUAAAGAUGGAGAACAUGCGGAUGUACAGUCGUACGGACAAAACGAAAGUGUUGAACACGAGACGUCGGUCAAGUCUGACGGGAAUGCGGAAUCAAUUAGCGUUAACGUUUCCAAUAACAUCGUCAAGGGCGAUCUGCGUGAGAAGCUGCAAAAAAACAUGCAGAAGAACAUUUCGUACAUCGGCAACGGGCAGGAAAUGGAGGACGACGAUUGCGAAGAGGCGAGGGAGCGGCGUAACAGAUUUCAGAACGAACGUACGAUAGUUUCUCCAAAGAUGAACAAUGAUAUCCCGGAAACCUUGGAAAAUGUCGUCACGUCGGAGCCGUAUAGGAUGCAGCAGUUCAGGGGAAGAGGAGGGAAGAGUCGCGGGGCAAGAGGAGGAAGCCGCGGGGGAAGAUUUAAUGUACAAAAUGUCGGAAACUUUAAUCCAAGGUUUGGUAUGGUGCGGCAAGGUAAUAAUUUUGUUGACAAUCAAUCACCGAUAUGUAGACCGCCGCUAAUCGACACCAGACCACCGCUUAUCGAGACCAGACCGCCAUUACUCGAGACCAGACCGCCGUUUCAUCUUGGCGUAUCAAGUAACGUACAAAAUCAACAGAUAAUGUAUCAACAGGCUAAUCCACAACAGCCCUUUCAACAGCCCUUUGGACCGAGUGGUCCAAUACAAGGGCCGCCGACGCAAUUUCCGGAAAACAGACCGCAGUUCAAUCCGGGACAGUUUCAGGGCCUGAUGGGGCCGCGUCCGAUGAGUCCGAGAUUGCCCGAAUACGGAUCUAGAGGUCCCUUGCUGGCAAGACCGAUGCAAGGCGGAUCGAAUUACAACUGCCCGCCCAAUCAUCCGCCAAUGCAGUCGCCGAUGCAGCCACCGAUACCGUCGCCGAUGCAAUCGUCAAUGCAACAGCCGUUUCAAAAUCCGGGUGGCAUUUUGCAAGAAAAUCAUCGACCGAUGCCGGGCCCGCCGGGUUUAUUGCAGGGAAAUCCGGGACGUGGAUCGCUUCUUGGCACACCGAACAUGCCGCCCGGAAAUCCGUCUCACAUGUUACCGUCGGGAGGAGGAAAUCCGCCGAUGCCCAUUCAGGGAUUUCCGCGUCAACAGCAAUCGAUGCUGCCACCUUCCCAAGGUUUGCCCGUGCCAAACCUGCCGCCGAAUGUGCAGAUGCCGCCUAAUCAACCGCCGCCCUUCGAGAACAGGCCGCCACCGUUUCAGGAGUCGCUUUACCAAGAUCGAAACGCGUACGACACGAGACCUGGUGGUUAUCAUCCCGAUCAAAUGUCCGGCGGUCAGUUCAACGAUACGAUGCAACAGACGUCGUCCAACAUGUUACCUCCGGGCCACAAGAUUCUAAUAAAUCCGCAUUUUCGAGGCACAGUUCAACCUACAAACGAUGCUCGACUUGCUUGGGAUUCCAAUCAGCAAGUCCAACAAAUUUCUCAUAGCGAGCAAUUUCCGCCCACGUCGUCAUAUCAAAGUCAAGGAUCUUACAAUCAACACGAUCCACCGUCACAGAACUAUCAACAGCAAAACUAUCAGCAGAAUAAAAGCGAUGACCCGUACGCAUAUUUUUCCGAUGUGUGGCAAGAAAACAGACCGCAGAAACCUCAGAACACAAGCCCGAGCAAACAUUAUUCCUCGGACAGCAAUUACUUCAGAGAAGAAAACUACAGCGACAAAUACAAAUCGGAUAGUCAGUGGGAUCAGAAGAACAGCUAUCAAGAGGAUCACAAGAGAUCUUAUCAGAGCUAUCGGGAAGGAGAUUUGCCACGUCGAACAAUACGGAAUGAACAUGCACAGAGAAGCAAAACGCCGCCCAGCACAUAUCGCAGUGAUCACAAUCACAAUCCGAAACCCAGACCGUCGAAUGCCGCGCCGUCCGGAGCAAACAGACCGCAAAAGAGACUCUCGGAAUCCUCGGACAAGGAACCGCGGGAAAUGACCUCGAAACGCGUCAAACCGCUCGUCAGCAAAUCUCAGGGGGAACAGAAAACUGAGUCAGCGGGAGUUGCUAAGGACGAGGAUAGCGAUCCAGAGAUGCAGGAGUAUCGCAAGAAAAUGGAAGAACAGAAGCGUCUUCGAGAAAGGAUAUUGCUCGAAAAGGAAAACAGACGCAAAAGGGCAGCGAUGGAGAAACAAAAUGAAGAUACGAAGAACGAUUCAAGUGUCGCAGCGAAUGAAAAUACACAGCAAGAAACGAAGCCCGUGUCAGCGCUAAUGGGAAUCGUAAAGGAUGGCGUUUCUACUAUAACUCCACGACCUGGCGUUAAAGGACGCGGUCGUCCUGUCAAUACACAAAGUGCAGAGGCAACAGAGAGACCAUCUAAUGUGCGAAUAAUUAGAACAGUACCGAUUGUACAGAACAACGAUCUGUCAGACACGACCGGUUUGAAAGAUAAGAAUUCCGGUGAGAUUGCUCAAACAAUACAAGUGGUGCAACAAUCCAGUUCGCGACGAGUCGUGAUACACAAUCCGCAAAAGGUCACCACAAUACAAAAAACCAUUCCCAAUACGCAAAAGAAUCAAGGAUUACAGCAACAGAAAAUGUCCAACACGCAAGUCGUGCACCCUCAAAAGAUCGUGCAGAAUCAAGCCAAUGCAUUCCAGAAACCCGCAGUUGUUGGAUCAAAAACCGUGCCUAUGAAUCAGAGAAUGAUGACGAGUAAAGGGAGUGGUUUGCAGAAAACUGUGAUCAACGAGAAUGUCAACACCCAGAGAAUCGCGAAUAUGCAACAAAACUCCCAGCGAAUCGUGCUCCAAAAAUCUGGAGUUCAAGUCAAACGGUCACCCGAGAUAAAGACAAACACAGUCAGAUUAGAGAAUUUGGCUGCGAGCACAUCUGAGGCUCAAAUCAGACGUAUGUGUCAAACCAUCGGAACCAUUGAGAGUAUACACAUGGGCGAGGGUAAUGCGACCAUUGUGUUUAAGACGCAAUCCGCCGCAAUGGUGUUUCACAAGAAAUACCAGCGCAAAAUGCUCGAUCUAUCGCUGAUAACCGUUCGCCUCAUGCCGCAAAGCACACCUGACAAUAAAGUGGCAACUGCGGUCGCAAAGACAUCCUAAGGGGGAAUUCCCGAGAUAUUUCCUCAGUAUAUAUUCGUAAUGUUAACUCAAUAUAAGCUAGUUUCAGAUUACACGUUAAAUCCUGUAUAAAUACACAGACAUAUAGAAACAUGUGUAUAAAAGUAUACAUGUAUGUCUAUAAAAGUAUACAUGUACAUAUAUAUAU